GGAAGAUGGAUAGAUCAACCUCGGCCAAUUUCGAAAUAUGGAUACUUCAACUCUUUCGGUAAUAAACAUUACUUGUAGACACGUAUACUAUUUAGAUGCUUACCUAGUUGCGAAAAACGGCUCGACUCCAUAUGUCAACAAAAUAAUGAGCGAUGCAACGGGCAAGAUUGCUGGGCAUAAGGGGCUCAAGGUUAGUAUGCAUUUUACUUCGUAGCGCGGGGGGCUACGACACAGCAGUAGGGUGGUUAUAUGUAAUGAGGGAAUCAGAAUAAUAUUCAAGUGUGUUCUAAACUGUUGACUGCCAUACGAUAGAUUAAUAGCUUGGCAACCGGGUUACCCGUACUAUGGGAUAUGUGGAGUAGCUCUACUCUCAGCUGCUCCGGGCUGAAGCUAUACAUAAUACCGUUUUCGAUACAGAUCCUUCUCAGAGUAAGAUCUGGUGAUAACACGGACAUACCGAGACAUAUAUAAUAAACCGGCCCCGGGCAUAGCGGAACUAAACUGUUAGCCCCGCGAUCCUAUGUAUGUUAAUAAUUCGAGGGGCCGACAUAUCUGAAUCAAGAUAAAUUGUAGGCUCUUGGUUAACUACCAGCAUGAUAUCGCCCUGCUUCGCUAUCAAAUCCAAGUCCGCAUACAUGGCAACAUGGCAACAUCAGUUUCUUCGCUAACUCUACCAUCUUCACGCACGCUCUCCUACGCCUUAACGCCGGUACCUUCUAAAUCGGAUGCGCCCGUCGUCAUCCUCUCUAACCCCUUAGCCGGGCCGUUUGCUACUUGGGAUCAUGUAGUUCCGAAGCUUACUUCCGAGGGCUUCGCCGUGUUGCGUUAUGAUCAGCCCGGCCACGGAGCUUCCUCCGUUCCGGCAGAUCUAUCCUCAACUACAUUGGAGGUUUUGGCUGACGACGUUCGAGAACUUCUAAGCUACCUUUCGAUUUCACAGGUGCACGCCUGGAUCGGCGUAAGCAUGGGUGCAGCGACCGGGGUAGUAUUCGCCGCGAAAUACCCCGGCCUCAUCGGGAAGCUGGUGGUUUGCAAUACUAUUUCCUGCUCUCCUCUCAGAGCCGGAGGUGCCGAUAUAUUUGACCCGAUGAUUAGGGAAGCUAGGGAAACGGGCUCUAUGGACGGGACUGUCCAAUCCAUUCUCGAACAUUGGUUCGGCCUUGCGUGGAUGAGUGCUAACCCGGAUGAGACGCGCCGCGUGCGACAGAUAAUGCUCACGACAAGCAUCGACGGCUUUGAUACUUGCUGCGCGGCUCUCCGUAGUGACACUUUUGAUCUACUCCCGUUAGCCGAGAAGGCGGGCCAAGGAAUCGACGGUGCUCUAUUCGUAGCGGGGGAAAACGAUAUAGAUUCACCUGAGCAUAUGCUCCGGUUAAGGGACGGCGUACAGCGGGGACUACAAAAAAAGGAUUCGCAGGCUUCCAUUAGGUUUGAGAUCAUCAAAGAUGCCGGGCACGUUUCGUAUAUCGACGGAUACGGUCAGUUUAUCGCCGUUAUUACUGAGUUUUUACGACAGUAGCUACGUAGCGAUAUGUCUCGCCGUGUGUUUAAUAUGAUCAUGGUAGCUAAAAGAGUCAAGUCGCCUUAUA